GCGGGGGGCAGUGCUAUGCACAAGCACCAGCACUGCUGUAAGUGCCCCGAGUGCUAUGAGGUGACCCGCCUGGCCGCCCUGCGGCGCCUCGAGCCUCCGGGCUAUGGGGACUGGCAGGUGCCAGACCCCUACGGGCCGGCUGGGGGCAAUGGGGCCAGCACCGGUUAUGGAGGCUACAGCUCCCAGACCCUGCCCUCGCAGGCGGGGGCCACCCCCACCCCUCGCACCAAGGCCAAGCUCAUCCCCACCGGUCGGGAUGUGGGGCCAGUGCCCCCUAAACCAGUCCCGGGCAAGAGCACCCCCAAACUCAACGGCAGUGGCCCCGGCUGGUGGCCUGAGUGCACCUGUACCAAUCGGGACUGGUAUGAGCAGGGCAGCCCUGCACCCCUCCUAGUGAACCCCGAGGCCCUGGAGCCCAGCCUCUCGGUCAACGGCAGCGAUGGCAUGUUCAAAUACGAGGAGAUAGUACUUGAGAGGGGCAAUUCUGGCCUGGGCUUCAGUAUUGCAGGUGGCAUCGACAACCCGCAUGUCCCCGAUGACCCUGGCAUCUUUAUUACCAAGAUCAUCCCUGGGGGAGCAGCUGCCAUGGACGGGAGGCUGGGGGUGAACGACUGUGUGCUGCGGGUGAAUGAGGUGGACGUGUCGGAGGUGGUCCACAGCCGGGCCGUGGAGGCGCUGAAGGAGGCAGGCCCUGUGGUGCGGUUGGUGGUGCGGAGGCGACAGCCCCCGCCUGAGACCAUCAUGGAGGUCAACCUACUCAAAGGACCCAAAGGCCUGGGUUUCAGCAUUGCUGGGGGCAUUGGCAACCAGCACAUCCCAGGAGACAACAGCAUCUAUAUCACCAAGAUCAUCGAGGGCGGAGCAGCUCAGAAGGAUGGACGCCUACAGAUCGGGGACCGGCUGCUGGCGGUGAACAACACCAAUCUGCAGGACGUGAGGCAUGAGGAAGCUGUGGCCUCACUGAAGAACACAUCUGAUAUGGUCUACCUGAAGGUGGCCAAGCCAGGCAGCAUCCACCUCAACGACAUGUACGCUCCCCCCGACUACGCCAGCACUUUUACUGCCUUGGCUGACAACCAUAUAAGCCAUAAUUCCAGCUUGGGUUAUCUCGGGGCUGUGGAGAGCAAGGUCAGCUACCCUGCUCCCCCCCAGGUUCCCCCCACCCGCUACUCGCCUAUCCCCAGGCACAUGCUGGCGGAGGAGGAUUUCACCAGAGAGCCCCGCAAGAUCAUCCUGCACAAGGGCUCCACAGGCCUGGGCUUCAACAUCGUGGGAGGAGAGGAUGGAGAAGGCAUCUUUGUCUCCUUCAUACUGGCAGGAGGCCCAGCCGACCUGAGUGGGGAGCUGCGCAGGGGAGACCGGAUCUUAUCGGUGAAUGGAGUGAACUUGAGGAAUGCAACUCAUGAGCAGGCCGCAGCUGCUCUGAAACGAGCUGGCCAAUCAGUCACCAUUGUGGCCCAGUACAGACCUGAAGAGUACAGUCGUUUUGAAUCAAAGAUACAUGAUUUGCGAGAACAAAUGAUGAACAGCAGCAUGAGCUCUGGGUCUGGGUCCCUCCGAACCAGUGAGAAGAGGUCCUUGUAUGUCAGGGCCCUGUUUGAUUAUGACCGGACUCGGGACAGCUGCCUGCCCAGCCAGGGACUCAGUUUCUCUUAUGGUGACAUCCUGCAUGUCAUCAAUGCCUCUGAUGAUGAGUGGUGGCAGGCAAGGUUGGUGACCCCCCAUGGAGAAAGUGAGCAGAUCGGCGUGAUUCCCAGUAAGAAGAGGGUGGAAAAGAAAGAGCGAGCUCGAUUGAAAACUGUGAAAUUUCAUGCCAGGACAGGGAUGAUCGAAUCCAACAGGUCGGUCAAAACGAAACGUAAAAAGAGUUUCCGCCUCUCUCGAAAGUUUCCAUUUUACAAGAGCAAAGAAAACAUGGCCCAGGAAAGCAGCAUACAGGAACAGGGAGUGACAUCCAACACCAGUGACAGCGAAAGCAGUUCCAAAGGACAAGAGGAUGCCAUUUUGUCAUACGAGCCAGUGACACGACAAGAAAUUCACUACGCAAGGCCUGUGAUCAUCCUGGGCUCAAUGAAGGACCGAGUCAAUGAUGAUCUGAUCUCCGAGUUCCCGCACAAAUUUGGAUCCUGCGUACCACACACUACCCGUCCUCGUCGUGACAAUGAAGUAGAUGGACAAGACUACCACUUUGUGGUGUCCCGAGAACAAAUGGAGAAGGAUAUUCAGGAUAACAAGUUCAUUGAGGCAGGCCAAUUUAAUGAUAAUCUCUAUGGGACCAGCAUCCAGUCCGUGCGAGCAGUCGCAGAGAGGGGCAAGCACUGCAUCUUAGAUGUCUCCGGCAACGCUAUCAAGAGACUGCAGCAAGCACAGCUCUACCCCAUUGCCAUUUUCAUCAAACCCAAGUCCAUUGAAGCGCUUAUGGAAAUGAACCGACGGCAGACAUAUGAGCAAGCAAAUAAGAUCUAUGACAAAGCCAUGAAGCUGGAGCAGGAGUUUGGAGAAUACUUUACAGCCAUCGUACAGGGUGACUCACUGGAAGAGAUUUAUAACAAAAUCAAACAGAUCAUUGAGGACCAGUCUGGGCACUACAUUUGGGUCCCAUCCCCUGAAAAACUCUGAAGAAUUCCCUCCAACCAUUCUCUCGUGAACAGAAGAAAUCCAAACCCUCUCCCCUCCUCCCUCUCCCCUCAUGUCCCCGUGGGGGGAACGUGACUACCGUUCUCGUCUCCUUUUUUAGAUAUGUCAAGAAAAUUGAGUUUUCUAGUCCUGUUCUUUUCCUUUUCUUUUUUUUUUUUUUUCUAAUUUUUGUUUUGUUUUGGCUUAUUUCGGGGGGGGGGUGAUGCCAUCUCACUCAUCACGUGACUGUGCCCCUUUCCUGCAUGAACCCUUCCCAAGCGCUAGCACAGGUGCACACCCAUCACAGCCAUUGUUUUCAUACAAACCAAGCAGAAGCGAGGAGAAGAGGGGAGGACUGAUGGCCAGACAAACUCCAGACGGCUGCCCGGCCUGUGAAGUGAGCUGCAUGCCCCGCGUGCCAAGGCGUCCUGGGCAUUUCCACCCGUCUGCACUGCUAUCUCGCAGCUCCGAACGGUGCAACAUAAUGGCAACAGAAAGUAUCUUAUUUAUAUACAGAUAUAUAUAUGUAAUUUAUAUAAAAUAUAUAGAAAUUAUUAUAUAUAUAUAUUAUACACUCUCAUAUAAUAUAUAUAUAUAUAUAUAUCUCCACACACAUUGAGACUAGAAAAAUCUAUGGAGACUUCAUCAGUGGUACUAUGCUAUUAGAGAAAUGCUUUAAUUUUCAUAUUCCAAUCAGAUGGUAUCUUAGGUCCCAGCUGGUUAGGAAGCAAUGGAAAGCAGUCGUGAAGUGCUUUAUGAAGGGCACCCACAUAUUGUCAUUCUCCUGAGAGCAGAGGUCUUUUUAGGUGGGGGAGGGGUUAGCCCAGGGGCAGGAGGGCUCUUCUGCCCACAGGGAGUGUUCCCUGCCCAUGAGGUACAGUCAGUCCUGUGUGUGCCAAGAGAAUGGCUAACAAUGCUCCAUAGGAAAUGGCCUAUUGUUUUAUGCCACCUGAUGUGUCUGCAUGAGAGUUUUCCUUUUUGUUCAUUUUUAAGCUGCUGUUAAACCAAAACCAUGUUGUGCUACUGUGUCAGCCUUUUCAUUAUUGCAAUUUUUGCUUUUUCUCUUUCAGUGAAUGCGUAGAAAUCUGGUUUGCCAGUGUUCUGAAGGCUUAGGAAGUUGUGAAGGAGUCAGGGCCUGAUGAUAGAGUAGGUGACGCGGGCUGGGCCAGCCAGCCAACGGGCAAAGCAGGAACUGGUGAGGGGUGGGAGUUGGAGCCCAGGCUCUGCUUUGCCAAGCUGGCCCUUUGCUUACUGGCCAAGAACAGGCUAGACCUGGCUGAGGUUGCCUCCCGGGGCUGCUGACAUGAUGGGGAAGCAACUUGCCUCCCAGUUCCAGGCUGGGACUAUGGCACAGCCCUAGGCUUGGCCAGCCAAUGAGUGAGUUUGUUUUGUUUUGUUUUUGUUUUGUUUUGUUUGCAGCUGCUCCGUAUGCGCUACCCCAGCCCUUCACCAGCAGCCCAUUGCUUAUUGUUCCCUGAAGAAGCUAGUAGACUUUAAUGCUGUACAUUUGAGCUGUUGAGCUAAGAUUUGCUUCCUGGUGACCUGUGAAACCUUGUUGCUUGUUCCCAGAGUCUGAUGGCAGUGACUGUAGGCAAGGGAGUUCUCUGCCUCCCACUGCAAAGGCGGAGAGCAGGUGUGGCUCAGGCCCUGUCCCACCCCCACUGUGCUCCUUUGAAGCCAACGUGCCUGCCUCACCUCCAUGCCGGAGGUAUGCCGCCGGGGAGAACACUGAGCUGUUCAGCCCUGGGGUUGAGCCCGCUGGGUUAGGACCGGUGUGAACGGAACAACGUCGAGGAUGCUUUUAAAUACUGUCAGCCAACUCCGGGAAGGGUGUUCACAGCUGUGCCACCAGCAUCAUAGGCUAAUUGUAAAGUGGGGCCCUGGAAGGGUAAAGAAAGGGCAGCAGCUUUCCCUGGGCAGCACACUGGAGCUAAGGCAAGGAGGGCCACAGCGAGGGCCAGGUCUGACUCCGGUGAAGGGGUGGUGAGCAGGGUGCAGUGGUCCUCUGGUGUUAACUGCGUGAUAGAGUCUGCAUGGUGCUCAGCCUCCCCUCCCAGGGAAGAAGAGCCAAGUGGGCAAAGUCAGCAUGACACUAGUUGGUUUACCAGUGUUCCUUCCAAGGAGACAUAUAUUUUUUAAUAAAUGAUAGUUGCAAUGAA